UUAUUAGAACUAUUUGUCAAACCAAAUAAUUGUCCCGCUUUAAAAUUCAGACUUUGGUAAAAUCAACAAGUUAAUGCUAUUAUAUGAAUAGAGCUGUGAUAUUAUCACUUAUUAAUAAUAAAAUUCAGUAAACUAAGUGACUGAAAGAGCAUCACGUGACACAGGAAUUAUAUUCUCAAGGAUAAUACCACAAGAGAUUUUUUGAAAACAUUUUGUCUACAUACUUUGUAGGGAAACAACAAAACAAAAAAUUGUCACCUCGCGUGGCAUUUGGAAAGAUUACAGAGGACAAGCUUGAAAAACUGCGAUUGAUUUUCCUUACCAGGGAAUACAAUACACUCACCAUUUCAAACUACAUAUCUCAGAAUGCUCAGCAACAAUAGAUAUGGACAUUACCACGACAUCAAAAACAAGACAAGAAAUUACAAAUAUGUAUUCAAAAAAUUCAUGACGCGUGAUCUCGUCCUAAUUCGAGCAUACCUGAAAUUAGGGAUGAGGCGGCAAGACAUAGUAAUAGCUUCUAGUUACUUCGCCAGAGAUGGGCAUGUACCACCCCCGGAAGUAUCGAGGCUAGUGGAGUACUGCCAGAGAAGACAUCUGCCAUUACUUCUUGGAUGCGACGCCAACGAGCACAGCACCGUAUGGGGAAGCAACAACACCAAUCACAGAGAUUCAAAAGUAAUCAAAGGAGAACACUUCAAACCUAGGUUAAAGCCUAAGACGUAUUUUAUCUAUGCCCAGAGAUGUCUUUGAUAUUAGAUGAUGACAAAUUAGUUGAAAAACUCAGGAGUUUCUUGACUGAUUUUCUAGUGAGUUGAAGUUCAAUCAUCCAGCAGUAGAAUUGGAGAAAAAAUACCACUUCCUAGCAAUCAGUUCCGCUUCAAAUUUAUAUUGUAAUAUUAAAUACAAGUCACUGUUUGGUCGGCCACACCACACACCACCCACACCACACACCACCCACACCACACCACCACACACC